GUUUAUUCACGCGUAUGAAAGCGGUAUUAACAUCGCGCGGCGGGCGUUACAAAUUGUCGCGUUGUGUUCGAUUUAUUACAGAUCGUAUAGCCCGUCAAACAUGGCUAUACCCAGCUAGAACGCUACGUUGUACAAAAUUACAAAAUAUCAAAUAACGUGACAUUAAUAACGCGUUGUCGCGUUUUGACGGAGUUUUUUCCGGUUUAUUAUUUACUUUACUCUUAAGAUAAUUAUAGACGUGCCGCCAGGCCUAUACCAAAUAACUACAACAAACUUGUUAUAGGUCGCAGCACUUCAUUAUCCGUCGCCCGUCACCCGCCGCCCUACACUAAUAGUGUAACAGGCAACAGCGUCAUUGCUCGUUACUCGUUAGUCGUUUUUCGUUGUCGCAAAUUUUCAUUCAUCGCCGUUGUUCCGUUUUCCCGCGUUUCGUCCUCGUGUGCUGUUUUGCUACAUCUUUCAGAUUUCCGACUUGCAUUUUUUGCUAUUUAGUAUUUAUCGUUACUAGCUUUGACAUCAGUAGUUCAAGCCUCUGUCACAAGAUGUCUUGGGUGAUCAACGAGGGGGCAUCCACUUCUGCCAGUCUGUCGGAAUACGAACUUUUGCGGCAAGAAAACAUGAAUAAACUGCAGGACGAGGUUGGCGAUUUAUUUAAUAAUACUCAGCAAUGUGCGCAGAAGCUUAACCAAAAAAUGCGAUUCCGAAGUGGCAGAAAACCAGCCCAUCGACCAGGCCGGCGAGUUAAAAUAUUUUCUAAAUUAGAAAAAUCAUCUAAUAUGAAGGAGAUUCAAGGUGAAGAUAUUCGUCGUUCGUCACGUGAUAAAAGAAAACAAAUUUAUUAUGAUUCUAAAAAUGACAAUAAUUAUGGAAAAAACAAAAAACAUCGAAAAAAAUACAACUAUCAGAUAAAGUUUUCUUUGAGUAAAUCUAAAGGUUCAAGACAAAAAUCUAGCAGAAAAGUAUCUCGAUUGGAUGUAUCUCAAGUAACAAAAGAAAUGUUAGACAACAUAAUUUACCGCUCGGCUGGAAAAAAAUAUGAUUCUAAAGAAGGGACCACUUGUCACCAAUGCAGGCAGAAAACUAUGGAUCAAAAAUCAUACUGUCGACAUGAGAACUGUAAAGGAAUGAGGGGUAUGUUUUGUGGUUUUUGUUUGGGCAGACGGUAUGGUGAAGAUGUAGCUGAAGCUUUAUUAAAUCCGUUAUGGGCUUGUCCACCAUGUCGUGGACGUUGUAACUGUAGUAUCUGCAGACGUGAUCAGGGCAAAGAUCCAACCGGACAGUUGGCACAAGUAGCUAAAGCUAAAGGAUAUAAGUCUGUUUGUGAUCUGUUAAGGAUAAUAGAAGAAGACGUAGAUAGCACUAAUAAAAACCCUAUAGAUAGCACUAAUAAAAACUUUGUAGAUAGCACUAAUAAAAACCCUGUAGAUAGCACUAAUAAAAACCUUGAAGAUAGCACUAAUAAAAACCCUAUUGAUGUAUGUGAACCAAAAAAUAAUAAUCCUGUUGAAAACAACAAUAAAAUACUAGAUGAAGAUUUAGUUACUUUUGCCCGUAAUCAGUUAAAAAUAAAUAGAUUGAAUGUCAUGGCUGUUAAAAUCAAGUUUGAGCAGUUUAUGUCAAAAGAGAAAGAUAAUUGUCUUAUAAAGGAUGAAGAACAAUGUAACUCUAAAAAUUAUACAGUAACGCCUUGUGAAACUUCAGAAAUGAUUAUUGACAAACUUUAUAAGCAAUUUAUGUUAUCUGCAUUAUUGGAAGAAGAGAACUAAAAAAAAUGCAAAAAAAUUGUCCAAACAUGAGUAUCUAGUAGUAUUACUAUGUUUAAUAUUCUUUCAAGUAUAUAUAUAUAAUUUUUUUCUAACUUGAAACUUUGUUUAUUUUUUACCGUGAGUUACAUUAUAAAGAUAUAGGAAGUAUUUAAAGCUAUAAAUUUAAGUUUAACUGUUGAGAAAAUGUUGAUUUGAUUGUAAAAUUAUUUUUUUGGAAUUACUAUUUACAAGAUAUUAC